GUGAGAAUAAACAGAAGGGGGCAGUAAAGACCAACUUCAGUAAAACAUGAAAGAAGAAGAAGAAGCACUAGAAGAAGCUAGCGUCAACAGUGAUGCUAUUAGCGUUAAGAUACCAGUUUAUAUUCUCAAAUAAAACACUAUGAAGACAGAUGAGCCUCAUUGUUGUGAAAUAUGUGGACGGAGUUUCACAGACCGUGAUGUUUUUGUGUCUCACCCUUGUUCAAAAAGGCAGGCCGCUCCAUCCCGUGAAAGACAACCAGGCAGCUACAAAUGCUCUCAGUGCAGUGAGACCUUUUCCAAGCCGCGAGCUCUGAAACACCACUUCAAUGUCACUCACAGUGGACCCAACCCUGAAGGCCUGUUCCCCUGCACAGAGCCAGGCUGCCACUUCAGCAGCACAGACCACCAUGAAUAUCAAGCCCACUUGAUGUCCACACACUGCCUCACUCUUGUUCCUUGCACCUUCCGGUCCUGCAAAGUGUUGCUGCCCACUCAGAGUGAGAUGGAGAGACACUUGUGUGGCCACAUGCCCUUCGGCUGCUUUCAGUGUCAGUUUGUCUCUGGAAAUGCAAAAGAGUUGAGAGACCACCUCUUGGAGCACAACCAUUUCCCAUCAUGUGUUCAAGCCAAGGAGACCACGCCCACAACUGUUGGCACUUCUGGAAAUUAUCAGCCUCAGGUGUCCGACAGACCGAAAAGAAAACUGAAUUCCCACCGAGCCUGUGCAUCAUCUUCACCAGGAGAUGGGUGCAUGGAACAGCCUGAGAGGGAUGGGCACAAUAAUAAAAGAGUUAGAAAGGCAGUGAAAAGAGACAAUCCUCCAGCAGUAGACACGGCACCUUCGAAGUCCAAAGGGUACGUUGCAGAGGGUGCAGAGCAUGUCUAUCGCACACACACCUGCCCCACGUGUCGCCGCUGCUUCAAGAUGCGGUCCCACCUGCAGGAGCACCUCCAUUUACAUUUCCCUGACCCCAGUCUCCAGUGUCCCACCUGCAAGCAUAACUUCACCAGCAAAAGCAAGCUACGGAUACACAGGCUGCGCGAGGCGGGUGAAAAGCUUCACUGCUGCCACCUGUGUGAAUAUUCUGCCGUGGAGCGGAAUGCAAUCCGUCGGCACCUCGUCAGCAUGCAUGCUGAUGAGGCGCAAGAUGGCAUAAAGAGUCAAAGUUAUCCUUGUCCCACCUGUGGUCAAAGCUUUCGCCAGAGCAGGUCACUUAAGGCGCACAUGAAGAUGCACAACAUCCUAACAGCAAGCAAGCCAGUGGCCUGCUUCCAGGAGGCCUGUUGCUUCCAGAGUUCUUUGCGCAAAGAACUUCUCAGACACGCUGUUGAAGUCCAUGGAGUCGAAGCAGUAGAAUGUCGCCAUCAUGCCUGUGGUGCCAUUUUUCAUAAAGAGACGGACAUGGAGAGUCAUUAUCGGACACACCUUGCCUACCACUGCUCACAGUGCGAUUUCUCUUCCUCCAAUAAAACUCUUUUCCUCCAGCACCAGCGGCACGGCCACCCAGGGACUGACCAGCUCUGCUGUAACUUUUGCUCUUUCGUCACAUUCAACCCCGUUGAGUUCGAGAAGCACAUUGGACAUCUGCACGCCAACGAAAAGAUCCAUCGCUGUUCUCAGUGCAGUUAUGUGACCUCGCAUAAACGUGGCUUGAAUAGACACAUGCUGAUGCACAGUGGUGAGAAGCCCCACAAGUGUAGCCUGUGUGAUUUCAGGUGCCGAGACGAGUCCUACCUCUCCAGACAUAUGCUCACUCACUCCGACAACAAGAACUUUAUGUGCGCUGAAUGUGGAUACGUCACUAAAUGGAAGCACUAUCUCAACGUCCAUAUGAGGAAACAUGCGGGAGACCUCAGAUAUCAAUGUGAUCAGUGCCCCUAUCGUUGUCACCGCAUGGACCAGCUGAAUAGCCACAAACUCCGACAUCAGGCUAAAUCACUCAUGUGCGAGAUCUGUGCAUAUGCCUGCAAGCGCAAAUAUGAGCUUCGCAAUCACAUGUUAGCCAAACAUGCUGGGGAGGAGAGACAGCCAGCUGUCCAUAAGUGCAAGUACUGCACAUACACUACCUGCUACCGACAAGCACUUCAGAAUCAUGAGAACUGCAAACAUACCAGGCUGAAAGAGUUUUGCUGUGCCCUCUGUUUCUACUCUUCAUUCAGCAGCAUCAGCCUCUUCCUGCACAAGAGGAAAGCUCAUGGGUAUGUACCUGGGGACAAAGCAUGGCUAGAGAACUAUGCUGCAAAGGAGAGGGAGAGGAACUCAACAGAGUGUGUGGAGGAUUUUUACAAUAAGCACUCAGCAGCUCGUGAGCAGUCUGAACAAUACACUGAAAGACAGCGAUCAUCUCGGAGAGAACAGUCUGGGAUCCCUGGUGCAAGCAAAGAAAUGGUAUCUGAAUCAGAAGCUGUGGAUAAAGUCAAUGUUUUGGAUGAAUCUCCUAACGAGGUUGUGAAUGAAGGUGUUUCAGACAGUCCAGAGGAGUAUUGCACUCUGAUAUUAACUACACUGUCUACCACCGACUGUCAAACCUUCUCAUUGCAAAAUGUGGAGGAAAACUGUGCAAAAAACACUCCAAGGACGGCCACUUCUGAUACGACUCAAGAAAAGGCAGACGUCUAUACAUCUACAAGUUCAUCAGAGGAAGAUAAUGUUGCAUUAAACCCCGAACAGUGCGAACCAUGUGACUUAGAUGACAGCUACCAGCCUCUGAAUAAUUCAACCGGUCAAUCAGUCGAGCCUAGGAAGUGUCAAACUCCUGAGGUGGAGAGUGAUGGUGAAACAAUCAGUUCCGUUUUGCCUCCUUUGCAAAAUCAGCCGUUUGACUCCGAGGUCCGACUGAAAGCAAUGAAGAAGCACGACAAGGACCAGGCAGAAGCCAUGGUUUUGGAUGGACGGGUGCAGAUGCUUGUGGUGCAGACUAAAGACGUUUACCGCUGUGACUUGUGCCCCUUUGUAACCUUUAAGGAGAUGGCUUUGAAGCACCACAGCCAGACUCUUUGCCAUCGAAAGAUUAAAAAACACACGUGCCAGGCCUGUGGUGCACAGUUCAAACAGAGGAGAGGCCUCAAUAGUCACCUUGCGAAGAAGUGCCCGGCACUUCCGUGGAAAACAAGGACAUUUGGAGGCAUUUCAAAAAUACGUCCAGCUGCAGAGGAGAGCUCUGAUCUGGGGAAAGAGGGUUCAACAGUGCCAGAGGGAACAAAUUCUGAUCAGACAGAGCUGUCUCUGCAAAAUUUAGUGUCCACAGAUUCAAAUGAUCAGGAGAUUCAUCAGCAAGAAGAGGAAGUAGGUUCAUCUCACUUAACAAUCAGUGCAGGAAAACCGCGAAGCAAAACUCAGUUAAGUAAGCUUGUGAAAAAACAAUUGGUUUCACGAAACAAAGACAAAGGUAUGUCACUGCAGAAAAAGUCCCUUUACAUGAAAACAGAUGGUAAAUUUAAAUGCAAGCUGUGCACUUUUUCUUCAGUCAGGCUUGCAUCAGUUGAACGGCACCUCGCAACCUGCCAAAAAACAUUCAGGAAAGUGGAGAGUCAGAUCCUUUCAGAAGUGGAUGGUGAGUGUGAUAGUGAGUCGGUCACGAGUAAAGAGGACUUGGUGGAUGGGUGCAAUGCAAGAACUCAGAAGAAACUUAAGACUGUCUCUAAUCCAAGCUGUGCAUUGAAGUGCUGUCAGGAAACGGCAGACAGCCAUGAAAAGAGAGGCUGCACAGCGCACAAACCUAAACCUUUGUAUUGCCUGCACUGCACUUUCACCUGUAAGCAAAAACGGUGCAUGGCACAACACGUUGCACUCAAACACGGAGGUGUACGGCCUCACAGUUGUCGAUACUGUCCCUUUGCCACCACAAGGCGCUAUCGCUUGGAAGAGCAUGAGUCCCUUCACACAGGAAUCGGCCGUCACACGUGCGAUGUGUGCGCCAAGACCUUUGGGGGUGUCACAAAACUGCGUCAGCACAAGAUGCGCAUCCACGACAAACAGCCUACACACUUCUGCUCACUGUGUGACUUCAGUGGCUAUACGCUCGAUGACAUCAGGCGACACAAACUCAGGUGCCACACAGGGGAGUUAAAGCAUGCUUGUGCUGAUUGUGACGCUUGCUUUAGCUCGGAAAUUGCACUAAGAAACCACUGUAAACGUGUGCACCAGCACCAAGUCCAGUUCCUAUGCGAGCUGUGUGACUACACGUGCAGCAGCAAGGUCAUACUGAAGACACACCAACAAAGCAAACACCGUCAGGUGAAGUGCGCCACCUGCCACAAGGCUUUUUUGACUAAGGAAAACCUGGAGAUUCACCUGAGAACCCACCUGGCACAUCGGUGUCAGCUGUGCCCCUUUGCCACUAAAACAAGGCAGCUGUUAGCUCAGCACCUUGCGACUGAACACGAUGACGGACCUGCGGAGGACAAGCCGCUCAGGUGCAGCACUUGUCAGUUUGCCUGUUGGCAUCAGCUGGUGUUAGAGCAGCAUCUCCGUUCACAUGGAGGUAGGCGUCUGUACAAAUGCAGGGACUGCGUGUAUUCGACGCGGAACAAGCAGAAGAUCACGUGGCACAUUCGCAUACACACCGGGGAGAAGCCCUACAGCUGUGAGCAGUGCAGCUACAACUGCACCGAUCCCUCCAGGCUGAAGCUUCAUAUGAGGGUUCACCAAGAGGAGAUGAAGUACCUUUGUCCAGAGUGUGGCUACAAAUGCAAGUGGGCGACUCAGCUGAAGUAUCAUAUGUCCAAGCACACAGGAGAGAAGCCAUAUGCCUGUGAUGAUUGUGACUACCGGACCAACAGAGCGGAUGCCCUACGCACCCACCGGGACACGAAACACUGUGACAUUCGCACUUACGUGUGUGAAAAAUGCGGCAAAGCCUUCAAGACUAGUUUCAUACUCAAGACCCACCAGCGGCAGCACAGUGACGAUCGGCCAUACACGUGCGGAUUGUGCCACAAGGCCUUCCGGUGGCCGGCAGGCCUAAGGCAUCACUACCUCUCUCACACCAAGCAGAAGCCUUUCGGCUGUCGCCACUGCGCCUACAGAGCGAAACAGAAGUUCCAAGUGGUCAAGCAUUUGCAAAGACACCACCCGGAGAUGUCAGUGCAGCAGGGAGUGGUGAGAGACUCGGAAGCCGUUAGCCUGACGCUGAAGAAGGCCCUGCAGGGGACACUGGACGACAGAGCAGCUGGAGUGGAGGAAGAGGGAAAAGCCACUGCAGGAGCGGCAGUCGUGGCUGUAGAGGUCGUGAACACAGGGCGAGACAAUGGGACAUAACACUGAGAAAAGGGCACAGCACUGAAGUCUGUCACUGUCACUUACAGUGACAUAUCUGUUAUUCAUAUUUCACCACAUAAUUUCAUCGUACUGUCAAAG